AUGCCUUCAACAGAUGCCAGUUAUUGCAAAACUUCUUUGAUGAACAUCCCUUCGGCGACAGACGACCAACUACCACUCGCCCAACAAACGGAUCACUCAGACGAGACUUCCAUUAGCGCCAGCGCAAACCGUGGAAACGGUCACCAUAGCUUCAGCUGCCUCGACCCCGGCGUCAUUGUGGCUAGUGGCGUCGUGACCUCAAUCCAACUUCAGACCCAUCCAGACAGUAUAACCUUGAUGUCGCCGGCGAGCUCUGCCAAGCUCAAAGUGCCCGUGCACCCUCAACCGACAUUCCUUCUGGCCCGGUCCGGAGAACUUUGGCCGACAGCCUCAAGCUCACCGAACUAUAUGCAACACACAACCGGAGCCAUUGAGUCUCCCGCUGGGAAUCCGCAUCUCUUCCAUUUGCCCGACAAGCCUCAGCCCUCCCCUCUUCCGGGUGCUCUUCUCUCUCCAGCCUCACCGUUCAGCGCCUUGCUAACUAGCGAGCUGCUUUUUUCUGGCGGCCUUGAGCCCCUCCGUCUUCUUCAGGCCAGGCUUGCUCAGCUCUACAAAUGUCCGGCCGGCGAGAUGGAAAAACCGGCGCCUCCGAAUCCAGACUCCGAGUCUGGGCCUCAGCCUCGGAUCGAGUCUAGGCCGAAAGGCCUAGAGGUAUGCGAGGGUUAUUUAAAGAGAAUAGCUAAAUGUGGAACAAGCGGAGACCAAGAAAUGAACGCCGGGGACUAUCGGAGAUGCGGCCUCGGCGCCAGUGUAUCUCUGAAGAGGACUACAGAGAAGCUCGAGACUUUGGAGGAGUCGAGGAGGAACGAGCAAAGUGGAGAGGAGGGCGGGUCAAUUGGACAGCUUCGGCAAGUCGGAGCUCACGAAUUUUCCAGUCUGUUGCCUCUCAUCUCAGGCUGCUCGUCAGCCAGUCUCGUUCGGCAGGCUCUAGUCGUCACGCCGGGCGCUGGCGGUCGUAGCGAUUAUGGUGAAAUUCAAGAGAAUAGUGUUGCUGAUUGUAUGGGGACGGCGCUGGUGGCGGCAGCGAGGAGGAAGCGUACUCGAGCGGCAUUUUCACAUGCCCAGGUGUUCGAACUCGAGCGCAGAUUCGGACAACAGCGCUACCUUUCGGCUCCGGAACGGGCAGAACUCGCGAGGAUAUUGAAGUUGACUGAAACUCAGGUAAAAAUCUGGUUCCAGAACCGCCGUUACAAGACAAAGAAACGUCAUGUCCUCCAGGUAAGCUGCUCUGGGGAUCCAGAACUCUCUAGCUCUCUAGAAGAAGUUGUUCUGCCCGGCCGUCUAUCACCGGAUAGCCCUACAUCGUCGCACGUCUUGCACCAUACCAAUUCCUUCCACAAUUCGACCUGUCCUGGCCACCAAAAUCAGCCUCAUAAUGCACAGUCGCAUGGGCACCACUCACAUCAAUUCUCUUUGCCAGGCUCGUCGGAAUGCCUCUCAACCUUUUGCCAGACUGCUCAAUGUCCUGUCGAUGAGGCAGUCUCUCUUUUUCCCACCAUCUCGGGUUCCGGUCUCGGAGGCAAUAGCCCCUCUCUACCCUUCCAAGAGGUACUGACGCAUCCAUUCCUUAGGCCGCUGGCUGAAACGUCGCCGGGCCGUGGCAACGACCAGUGCCAUGGCAACAUUCGUUUGCGCACCACACCACCCAACGCCGAGACGGUUUGGUCAGGUCCCGAAUUCGCAGGUCGGUCAAACGCGGCUGCAGCUGCGCUUCUGCUACAACCCCUUCUCGGAGGAGGACAGCGUUCAUUCGCGGCCGCAGCCACAGCCGCAGCUGCCGCAGCCGGCCUCUUCUUGCCUCCUUCCAAAAUGCCCGUGGCCGUGACUGAUUGCUGGCCCGCCAGCUCCACAUGCUCUUGUCCCAGUAACAUC